CACGAAUCGUCUCCGAACAACCGUUAGCCAUCAUCACCCAACUGCCCUUCCCGAGAGGGGGAAAACCCUCACCUAGUCACCUCCGACCACCCGCAGCGGCCGCCGGCGAUGGCGGCGCCGGAAUGCGGCGGGAGCGAUGGCUACCGCGACCUCCGCGGCGUGCGUGUCGAUCUGAAUCCGGGAACGGCCCGAGGCGGCUUCGGAGGAGGCUUCGCCGUCUGCUUCUGGCUCUACCUCUCCAGCUCCGCGAGGCCGUCCUCUGUGAUCCUCCACCAGAUGACCGCAGGAGAUGACAAUAAGUUGCCGUUUCUUGCUUUAGGCGAAGGAAAUAAACUGCUCCUCUUUCCAUUGCUGAGGCUGCAUAGAGAAGCUCCUGCUCCUGAUAGUUCCUAUCCAUGGACUGACACAACCAAUCUAUCAGCUAUAAGUGAAUGCCCUCUUGAGAAAUGGUUCCACAUUGGAUGUGAGGUUACUGAAAAUGUUAUGCGUCUUCACAUUGAUGGUGACUUAAUUGCUGAAGCUCAUCUUUGUUCACUGUCUGAUGAGCCAGACAGUCAAGAUGAUGCAAACCAGAUUAGCUUAGUUGGAAGAGAUGGCAAGCUUGAAGGCUAUGUCUAUAAUAUCGAGGUGUCAUCUGUACUAGGAACAGUACAAGAACAAUGUGCAAAGAGCCCACCAUUUAAGUUAUCUAUUGACUAUUCAUGCUCUGAUGGAGUCGAAGAGGGUGAUGACGGUGUUUGGAGCAUUGUGGGUGGGAAGGCAUCUUGCCGGAGGAACUUCAUUUUGGAAGUAAUACUAAUCAAUGCUUUUGGUGAACCUGUGAAGGAUAAAGAGGUCGUUGCUUCACUUGUCUAUGCUGACAAUGGAGCAGUUGUUGAAAAAUCAAGAGAUGAUUCAGAGCCUCCCUUGCUUGUUACUUGUGAAGGACUUGAAUACCCAGCUAUAAGCAGGCCUCUACCAAUUAUUCGCGGACGUGCACUAUUUAAACUCAAGAUAUCUCAGCUCUCUUCUAAAUGCGACAAGAAGCUCUUCCGUAUUCAUUUCUCUACACUUCACAUGCGAAGAUAUCCUUUUCUGGAGGCAUAUUCCAAACCAAUUCACUGUAUAUCUCGAAACCGCACCAGCCGCCUAUUGGGUUCUGGUAAGCGGGUGAGUUCUGCAACAACGGAUGAAAUUCACUUGCUCAAUAGUGGCCAAGGGUUUGUUAAUGCUGACAAAGUAAAUGGUAGCUUACAUUCUCAUGGGUUGAGUUCAGUAGCGUGUUUCCAUCCAUCCAAGUUUCCCAAGACAGAAGGUGAUGGAAUGGCAAAGGCAGUAGAGACACACAAAAUGAUAUCACAGAAUAAGCAUACCAGAAAGAUGGUGGUAGGCAAAGAAGCACAUAAUGUCAUGUGGACUGACUCUUCAACAUCCGACUACGACAGCUUUGAUGCAGAAAGUUCUUGGAGCGGAUCAGAUGGAGAUGAAGUUGAAACUGUUUCGGACGCUGUGAUUUUCAGAUAUUGCUUGGACAGCACAUAUGAGCGGUCAAAGUUUCUUAGAGGUGCAGCUCGUACUGUUAACAAAGAUGACUUGGUAAAAGUUGCAGAUCAGGUCUCAUUGUAUAGUGGAUGCUCCCAUCACAGAAACCAAAUAUUAAUGUCGAAGAGAUUGCUCCGAGAGGGUGCUAAUACUUGGAGCAUGAUCUCAAAGAACAAUGAACGUGCUCUUUGGUCAUCUGCCAUUCCUGAGGUCAUAACAAAAUUUAUGGACAUCUCCCAUUCUACGUUUAGGGGUUUGUCAGAACGGGACCUGGAGGUUUUAAGAGGAAUUGCUGGUUGUGGUGAUGAUAUUGGAAGAGACGAAUUUGAUAGGCUAUGGUAUUGGUUAUACCCAGUGGCUUCUUCUUUGUCAAGGGAUAAAAUUAAACAACUGUGGGAGUGCACAGCACCUAGAUGGAUAGAGGGGUUGAUUACAAUAGAGGAAGCUGAGAAUGCACUAAGAAGUUCCGCGGAACUGUUAAAGGAGCCAGGAACAUUUGUUCUUAGAUUUCCUACUACCCGAAGCUGGCCGCAUCCAGAUGCUGGAAGCCUGGUUGUGACCUACGUUGGCUUUGAUAACUUAAUCCAUCAUAGACUACUCUCUCUUGAUUCCAGUGAUGCUAGGGCUGGGAACCUGCAAGAUUUGCUGCUGCAGGAGCCGGAACUAUCCCAAUUGGGCAGGGUUGAUCGCCUACCAACUGCCAUGCGGACAUGACCAGAGAAACUGAUUCAGUAUACUACGGCUCAACGCAUCCCAGUUCACCAUCAGCCAAAGAGCAAAGCCAAGAACACCUGUUGCCUGUUGUUACCCUGUACAAGUUGUAAAACCAGUUCCCUUUGUAGAAAGAGAGGUUGUUAUCGAUACCAGUGAGAUCUAGGUAAUCGCUUCAUGACCAGCAGUAACAUCAGUCAUCAUGCACCUUAAACUUGAAGAUUUCACUUAUUGUGAUUCAUGUACAUAAGCUGAUGAUUUAUCUAUAUGCAAGAUCUGAUUUGUUCUUUUUGUUUGA